GAGCAAUUAAACAAUCAACACGAGAGACCUUUUGCAUCAUAAUAACACCUUUGAUUCGGUAGCCAUUUGGAGAAGCUUGAAUCUCGACGGGUUACUUGAGAAAUAGAAGAAAAGGGCAAACUUUUUCCUGGUUUCGAUUUGGGUGUAAUUUUUUUUGAUCAGAUGCUAUUGGGGGUUGACGAUUAGAUAACAAGAAACAGAAAGCAACAUGAUGAACACUUCUAAUGGAAUGAUAUCGGCGCCAUCUUCAUCCUCUUCACCCGCCGCGAAUACUCAGUCGCCGGGGAUUAAGACUUAUUUUAAGACCCCGGAAGGGAAGUAUAAGCUCCACUACGAGAAGACUCAUUCUUCUAGCCUCCUUCACUACGCUCAUGGCAAAACCGUUACUCAGGUAACUCUAGCUCAGAUUAAGGAAAGAGCUGCUCCUUCUACUCCAACUGGUACUUCGUCUGGUUCCACUCCUAGUAGCGGGUUCCGUUCAGCAACAGCGAGAUUGCUGACUGGAAACGGAAACCGUGCGCUUAGUUUCGUUGGAGGUAAUGGAGGGGGCAAAAGUAUGAGUACAAGUUCAAGGAUUAGUGGCUCCUUUGCUGCUACUAGUUCUACCACGUCGAUGCCGACGAAUACAAACUUUGACGGGAAAGGAACGUACUUGGUCUUCAAUGUGGGUGAUGCUAUUUUUAUCUGUGACUUGAACUCACAAGAUAAGGAUCCAGUAAAGUCUAUCCAUUUUAGUAAUUCAAACCCUAUGUGCCAUGCUUAUGAUCCCGAUGCUAAGGAUGGGCAUGAUUUGCUUAUUGGGCUUAAUUCUGGGGAUGUGUACACUGUAUCACUGAGACAGCAGUUACAAGAUGUCUCCAAGAAGCUAGUUGGAGCACUCCAUUAUAAUAAGGAUGGCUCUGUGAAUAACAGGCAAGACCGUUGUACUAGUAUUGCAUGGGUGCCUGGAGGUGAUGGAUCAUUUGUCGUUGCUCAUGCCGAUGGCAAUUUGUACAACAAAGAUAGUGCCACUGAUUCAACGUUUCCUGCUAUAAGAGAUCCUACACAAUUUUCAGUUGACAAAGCAAAAAAUAGCAAGAGUAAUCCUGUUGCGAGAUGGCAUAUCUGUCAAGGUUCAAUCAACAGCAUUGCAUUCUCAAAUGAUGGGUCACACUUGGCUACUGUUGGUAGAGAUGGUUAUCUUCGCAUUUUUGACUUCUCAACCCAGAAGCUAGUAUGUGGUGGAAAAAAUGGGUCUGGAGAGCAUAUCAUGUACCGGUUUGGAUCAGUUGGUCAGGAUACACAGAUACUUCUCUGGGACCUUGAAAUGGACGAGAUAGUGGUACCACUAAGGCGACCUCCAGGAGGAUCUCCCACUUACAGCACGGGAAGCCAAUCGGCUCACUGGGACAAUGUGAUACCAGUGGGAACUCUUCAGCCGGCUCCUUGCAAGCGUGAUGUUCCAAAGCUCUCGCCGGUCAUAGCUCACCGUGUUCACACUGAGCCUCUCUCUGGCUUGAUGUUCACGCAAGAAUCAGUUGUGACGGCUUGUAGAGAAGGCCAUAUAAAGAUCUGGACAAGGCCUAGUGCCUCAGAAAUUCCAUCUAACAGCUCAGAAGGAAAUUCUGCAAUAGCUCUGUUGAGCUCAAGCUUCCCUAAAGACAACAAAGGCUCACUGAGCAGCAAAAUCGGUGGUUCUAGUUUAAAGUAA